CCAAACCUCUUCUCUCUCUUCCUCCCCAGUGCAGUCCAGUCCAGUCCAGUCAAAGCGAAGCGAGGCCGCUCUCAAAGACAAAAGACAAAAACUCUCUUUCCCUGGCUAACAUACUCCAUUGCCGUCUAGUACCAGCAGAACCCCCAGCAGUUCACUCCACUCCUAGUCCUGGUACCACCAGCAAGAGGCUGGCUGUGGGCUGAUCCAUGAGGCGCCUCGUGUUCGCGGAGCUCGUGGUCCUCCUCGCCGCGGCGCUCCUGCUCCCCGUCGUGAUCUGCUGCCGGCGCUGGAGCGGCGGCGCCACGCGGCCGCUGCCCGUCUCGGAGCAGCCCGGCGCCGGUGCCAACGCCAGCAGGAAGGAGCGCCGCGUCGAGCGGCUGCGGCGGGCGCUCCACGCCCUGCGCGUCUGGUGCCGCCGCUCCCGCGUCGAGCCGGCGGCCUCCGCGUCCGCGUCUCCGUCCCCGUCAACGGACGACGCCGCCCAGGCGGAGGGAGAGGUUCAGCUGGAACAGUUCGCGGUCCCGGCGGCGGCGGCGGAGCAGGCGGGGCACGAGGAGGAGGGUGUGGCGGCGUGGCGCGAGCGCUGGUUCGGCGGCCCCGGGUCGCGCGCGCUCUACACCAUCGAGGAGGCGUCGGAGACGGAGGGCGACGUGGAGAGCCAGUACGGCGCCGAGCCCGAGACGCCGUUCUACACGCCGCCGGCCUCGCCGCCGCACGAUGGAGAGCAAGCAGACCAGCCGGAGCACGGCGAGGCCAGUUAGUUAGCCGGCGAUGCGCCGCUCGUUCCCUGUGUGUCAUAGAUUCGACAAUUUUCUUUGGGUUCUUUCGCGCAUCAGCAGCAGCAGAAAGCAGCGGCUGUUGAAGCAAGGCGUGCAUGAUAGGAUUGGCUAGUCAGUACUAAUUCUUUCUUUCCCCUCCUUGUUUCCGGAGGCAGGAGUGGAUGGAUGGACAUGCAUGCAGAUUAAUACUACAUACAGACAGUUCA